UGCAUUAGACCGCGGGCCGAGGUGCAUUUUCUUUUCAUCUCGUGCCUCAAAUUUGUAUCUAGCUGUAUUUUGGUCAACAUGUUUAAAAAUAUUUAUUACAGUCACAUCUGAAACUCGUCAGUAACAAAACUUGCACAUUUUCUGAAAAUAUCAAAAAACACAAAACAAAUUUGAGACAAUUUUUCACUUUCUACGGUAAGAAUGACCAAUCACAAUACGUUGCUGAUAGCAUGAUGUGUGGAGUGACUGGCUUUUGGCCAAUCAUAUUCUUUGUUUUAUGCGCACGCCUAUGCGACUUUUACUGUGCACUGCGACUUUCACUGUGUACUAUGGCGACUUCUGCGUCGUUUGAUGCCAGUGAGACGGACAAUUCUGAGGCUGGUGAAUCCGCUUUCUGUUCCAUACAUGUCAUCGAUACUCAGAGCAAGAUUAUACCAUUUAGUGAUAAAAGCUAUCAAAAGUGUAAGGAGUGUGCAGCUAAGUGGGUAAUCGUGGAAGAGAGUUUAGAAAGUGAAGUUGCAGAGAAGUUGCAAGAACACGUACACGAAAGUGAAGGUGUGGGACAAGUCGGUCUUCAGUCAUCGACAACAAGCAGGGAGCACCAUACUCGGCUUCGAGGAUAUCAUGCUGAAUGUUACCGACACUUUUGCAACGUAACGACAAUCAGUAGAGCAUUGACAAGACUUCAGAAGAAGAGAGAUGCUGAGAAGACAUCUACAGAAGAUCCAGAGGAAGUGUCAGCAAGUGAGGAUGCCCCUGCACCCAAGAGACUGCUGCGGUCGAGAGUAUCCCAUGAAAAUCAACCCUCUACCAGCCAUGACUUUGAUAAGCCGCAUGUAUUGCCAGUCCAUUGCAUUAUCUGCAAAGGAGCUAAGUAUAUCCGCGAACAGUCUUCUGGUAAACGGAAGGUAGAAAAAUUAAUUCUUUGUGAAAGAAAAGAUGGGGGGCAUCUGUUAGAGGCCGCUUUAUUAAAGCAAGAUGAACAAUUGCUUUUACACAUACGUGGGAAAGAUCUUGUUGCAAUAGAAGUAAGGUACCAUAAAUCGUGCUAUUACAGGUAUACAAAAGUUGUGAAGAGAUGUAAUACUUAUAAACAGGAUACUCAGCAAACAGUAAUAUAUGAUAAGUCAUACUCUAGUUUCUGCAAAAAGGUAAUUGAGGAAAGGAUAAUGAAAAAUAAGGAGAUCCUUAGGCUGACUAAGCUGAAAAAUCAGCGUCAGGGAAAGGACGGUCACGUUGCUCAUGUCAACAGCAUGGCAUUCCAUGUACAGAGUUGUGUAGAUGUGUCAAUUGCAGGAACUCUAUCUCUGCAAAGGAGGUUGAAUCAGAUGAAGAAGAUUCAGAUGGAGAAUAAGCAUUCCCCUAGCAAUGCAAUUUGUAUUUCACAUUGAAUAAAGAAGAAAAAGCUAGAAUUUCAAAAUGAUUCUUGAACUACACCCAUGUUAGAUUUAAGUUUGUAUCCUGGAUGAUUACA